AUGUCGGAUUGUGUCGAGAGAGAUGAAACGCACCGGUUUACAAUUAACUCCAAAUCCGGGGAAAUUGCUGUUCAAGGACAAAUUGACUAUGAAGAAGACGCUGCAAUUGAACUGCGAGUUCAGGCGAGCGAUAAAGGCAGUCCUCCUAAAAGUACACACUGUAAAGUUUUAAUAGAAGUUGUGGAUGAGAACGACAACGUGCCAGAGAUAGUUACGACUCCUCUUGGUAGAUGGACCUCUGGACAGAGAGAGUGGUUUCUCUGUAUAACCAUCACAAUUACAGCUGCAGAUGAAGGAACCCCGUCUCUUUCCAGCAGCACUGUUAUAACUGUACAUAUCUCUGAUGUUAAUGACAAUGCUCCACAUUUUCCAGCACCCGUUGUUAACGCUUUUCUAAGUGAGAAUGGUCAAGCUGGAGGUCUCGUGACAAAAGUGUCCGCUGAUGAUUCAGACACUGGUGAAAACGCUGAACUUUCAUAUUCACUGUUAGACAGUUCCAGCUCCAGUGUUCCUAUAACAACACUGAUAAAUAUAAACUCUUUAAGUGGAGAAAUAUUCAGCUUGCAAUCAUUUAAUCACGAAGAAACAAAAAGAUUUCAGUUUCAAGUUAUGGCAACAGACUCUGGUGUUCCUCUUCUGAGCAGUAAUGCGACUGUAAAUGUGUUUAUUCUGGAUGAGAAUGACAACAGUCCGGUUAUUUUACCGCCUUAUUCUGAACCUGGAUCAGUUAAUAGUGAGAACAUUCCCUACUCUGCUGAAGCGGGAUACUUUGUAGCCAAGAUCAGAGCUGUUGAUGCUGACUCUGGAUAUAACGCACUUCUGUCUUAUCAUCUAACUGAACCCAAAGGAACGAAUCUCUUCCGCAUUGGAAGCAGCGCUGGAGAAAUAAGGACUAAGAGACGAAUGAGUGACAAUGACUUAAAAACUCACCCACUUCUUAUCACAGUGUCUGAUAAUGGAGAGCCAUCACUCUCAGCGACUAUGUCCAUGGAUGUUGUGGUUGUUGAGAGUCUGGAUGACAUAAAGACAUCAUUCAGAGAAGUUCCUGUUAAAGAGGAGAGUUUUUCAGAUCUGAAUCUGUAUCUGCUCAUCGCUAUUGUCUCAGUAUCAGUCAUAUUUUUACUGAGUCUGGUGGGUUUGAUAGCAGUUAAAUGCUACAGGACAGACGGCAGUUUCAGUAGGUACAGCGCUCCAGUGAUCAACACACAUCCAGACGGAAGCUGGUCCUUCUCUAAAUCCACACAACAGUACGACGUGUGUUUUAGUUCUGACACAAUAAAGAGUGACGUAGUCGUUUUCCCCUCGCCAUUUCCGCCAGCAGACGCAGAACUGAUCAGCAUUAACGGAGAAGAUACUUUUACACGCACGCAAACCCUUCCGACCACUGAGAAGAAAACUAUAUGAAGAAACAUCUUAUUG